AUGCGUCAGCUCAAGCAUCACGAGAAGAAGCUCCUCAAGAAGGUUGACUUCUUGAACUGGAAGCAGGAUGCGUCUCAGCGUGAGAUCGCUGUGAUGCGCAAGUAUCACAUCCAGGACCGUGAGGACUAUCACAAGUACAACAAGAUCUGUGGCAACCUCCGUUCCCUGAUCCACCGCAUCUCGCUCCUCCCGGCUGAGGACCCCUUCCGUCAGCAAAAGGAGGCUGAGAUGCUCAACAAGCUCUACGACAUGGGCAUUCUUGAUGUCGGCUCAAAGCCAUCGGACAUUGAGAACAAGGUCACCGUCUCGUCGAUUGCCCGCCGCCGUCUCGCUGUUGUUGUGACACGUCUCAAGAUGUCGGAGAGCGUGUCGGACGCCGUCAAGACCAUCGAGCAGGGCCACAUCCGUGUCGGUCCCUCGCCUGUCUCCGACCCCGCGAUGCUCAUCACCCGCCACAUGGAGGACUUUGUCACCUGGGUGGACACCAGUGCUCGCAAGCGUACUAUUAUGAAGUACAACGAUGAGCUCGACGACUUCGAUCUCCUGUAG